CCCGAACGCAGCUUAGUUGUCAUUGGAAACUUAACCUAACCUAACCUCCGAUCGUUAUAUUUGCGCAGGCAAAACAUCAUCAUCUGUCCAUCACACUCGGCAUCACAAUAAAUCCUAAUCGGAAAACUUCGUAAUGUCAGAGUACGAGAAAGUGAGAACAGGAAAAUUAGUGCUAAAAGGUGAAAAAUCAAGACCGAAAAAGCGAAAGCAUAAAAAACAAGAGAAAGAACAGAACGUGACUGUAGAGGAUAAAGACACUGUUAAUCAUGGGGGAUGGUGGAAGGUUAAGAAUGUAUUUGAAAUCACGGGAACGAUCGCUAUAGAAUUUGGGGAUCGUACUUAUCUGAAAGCACUCGACAACGGGCUGUUCACCCUCGGCGCGCCACACGACGAAGGUGACGGUCCAGCGCCAGAAGAAAUUCUGACGGCAUUCCCUAUAAACGAGACCAAAAUCGCUCUGAAGUCGGGAUAUGGCAAAUAUCUUGGCGUUGACAAAAAAGGAGUUGUUAUUGGACGAAGCGAUGCGGUUGGACCUAUUGAACAGUGGGAACCGAUUUUUCAAGAUAACAAACUUGCUGUAUUACAUAGUACAGGAUGUUUUAUAUCAGUUACAAGUGACGAUGAUGUGAUUUGCCAAAACAUAACAGCUGGGCCAUCAGAAUAUGUUAUCAUAAGAAGUAUAACACAACGUUCUCAAAGUCCUAGUUGGGACAUUCCAAAAGAGGAGCAGGGCUCACUGGCAGAUGUUGAAGUAAAUUAUGUACGAAAAUUCCAAAAAUUUCAAGACAAAAAAUUAAGAAUCAAUAAAUCCGAUCGUUCUGAGCUGAAGAAGGCAAGGAUAGAGGGAAAUUUACAUGAGACUCUAUUAGACAGAAGAAGUAAAAUGAAAGCUGAUCGUUAUUGUAAAUAAAUUUGUAUGUGUAUGUGAUUAUAAUAUACCACUUUUAUAACGUCCAAAUUAUUCAUAUCAAGUAUAACCUCCAGAUGUAAAAAUUUUAUUAAAUAUAUGUAAAUUAUUGUUA